AUGAAGGAGCAUCUGCACGGGGAUGAGGACGAGGACGGCUUCUCAGUCAGUCGUAUCCCCACCAAGCGGGCACUAUGGGAGGCUGGGACCCACUUCGUCCGGGACGAGAAUGGUGCCUUGUUUGCCUCAAACCGCGCCAAACCCUACGUACCACCCACGUCCGAUCCCUCGGCGGUCGACCCAACCCGCCCACCACCGCGCACCGUCCUCUUCUUCAUCCGUCAUUUCUGGUGCGGCCAAUGUCAGGACUACAUGUUCGCCUCGGUCAGCCAGCUCGAUCCCGAGGUACUGGCCAAAGACAAUAUUCGGGUCGUGAUCAUCUCGAACGGGAGCUGGAAGUUGAUCAAGGCGUAUCGGAAACUCACCAAGUGCUCUUUCCCGGUGUACGUGGAUGGUCCGCGAAAGCUGUAUGGACUCAUGGGGUGA